UGAUGUCCUACUGCAUCUUGAACUAUUCCUGAGUUUCAUUUGGUUAUCUCCUUCAUUCCCGUUGCCUUCUUCUGUUGCUGCCCUUACAUCUAUUCAUCUUCCUCCCGUUGCUUCUUCUGUUUUUUUCUCCUCCUCUUCCUAAUCCUGCUACCCAUCCACGUCAUCUUCUCCUGCUGCCCCUCCUCUCCCUCUUCUCCUCCUCCUAUUUCUCCUGUUUUUCCUCCUCUUCCUUCUCAGUUUCCACCCAGGCUUUGUACACGCAAGCAAGUACGGUUGAAUACCUACUACACGACCACGUAGAUACAAUGAACACCGCGGGUCCUCUACCACACCCCAGGGCCCUCACCAGGAAAAUUGAGCCAGAAUCUGUGUGGGCAGGAGGCGGGGCCGAGGGUGGGAAGAAAAUCAUACAGAUUCGCCUUCUUUUGCUCCCCCUCCUUCGUACAGCCAGAAGAAAUUACCCACUGACUGGAUAGUUUGGUAUAGAGUUCUGGGAGAAAUUUAGGUUUCAGUGGUGAAUUAGUUGUGAUAGUGUGGGAGGAUGCGGGGAGUGUGGAUGGUGCAAUACUUAGCGGUGGUGGCACGGAUGGUGUUUCGUAAGCUAUUGAAGUAUGAGUCCUGGCUGACACUGUGGCUGUGUGUGGUGUUUUUGGCUGACUUAGCCAUCCUCAGGUCAUCCCACCACACCCAUCUUCGGCCACACUACGGGGGCUACAAUCGGUCCAUGCCCUUUCCAAUCCCACGGCCACACGUACAUCACGUCUCUGCCACCUGUCGUUCAAAAUGCUUCCGUGCUCGGCUGGCGGUGCCCCUAAGAUGGAACACCUUCCUCCUGGUGGCUUACAUUCGUGGCCUUAUACACCACCCUGCACACCACUCCGACGCCCACACGCCCGAGCACCACGCCCACAACUCAACCGAGGACCAGGCAUAUAAGAGCUUGGAAGAUGGGAUUGUGAAACUCGUCGGCCACAGGAAGGGAGGCGUGUACGUAGUUGUGGGCGCGGGAGGACGACACUGGGGACGCUUGGCACGCCUACUGGAGGGUGAUGGGUGGCGGGGGCUGAUGGUGGAGGCCAAUGUGUACAGCCUGGCCCAGCAAGAGGCCGCUGAAGUCCCUGCCGCUUUCCUCCACGCUUGCGUCACCUCCAAGCCCUUACCUCACACGGAAUGGAUGUGGCGAACUACUGGAGGUGACCUGCCGGGUUUAACAGCAGAGGUCAGGCAGCGCCAAGAGGAACACUCCAUGCUCAAGGAGUACGUCUCUCCCGAGGAGGAGGAACUGGGCGAGGUGCACAAGGUGGUGUGUCUUCCUCUGGAGUCUGUCGUGCUCACACUCGGUGUUUUCACAGUGGAUGUGCUGGUGGUGGACUCUCCUGGUCUGGCUGAUGACCUGCUGUAUUCCCUGGUACGACGAAACUUCAAGGUCAAGAUGAUGGUGUUACGAGUUCAGCGACGUUUUGACGGACAGGACGAGACGCGUUACAAGGAGAUGGUAGAAGACGUGGGCCUUCACCUACUUAUGUGGCACGGGAACUACCUCAUCCUCACCUCCAAGCACGUCCCCCUCGUCAUCAAAACUGUCACCUCUUAGCUUCUGCUCCUCCUCUUCCUCCUUACUCUUCACCUCCUCCUCUUCAUUGUUCCCCCCCUUCACCUUCUUCUCCUUCUCAUCAUCGUUUACACCAUUUGCCUCUUCCUUCUCUUCCUCUUGUAAAUUAUCUAACAUUCCUUCCCUCCUACAUCUUCUUCCUGCUUCUCGUAUCCCACAUUGAUGCGGUACUAAAACACACACACUCACACACACACACAC